CUUCAAUUCGGUUUUAUUUUUCCUUUACUUCUGUGUUGAUUUUUGGGGGUGUUCGUUGGUGCUCAGCUAAAGAAGAAAUUAAGCUGAAGAGAAUGUCGAGUUGUUUCGAGACCCAAUUGUCUCAUGAAUCUGAAUCUAUUGAGCCUCGUAAGAAUGAAGAAUCAUUGAUGGAGCUUGGAUUUGGGGAUUUCGGGUGUGCACAUUACAGAAGGAGAUGUAAAAUCAGAGCCCCUUGCUGUGAUGAGAUUUUCGAUUGCAGGCAUUGCCAUAAUGAAGCUAAGAACUCGAUGGAAGUUGAUCCACUCGAUAGACAUGAAAUUCCUCGCCAUGAAGUGAAAAAGGUCCUCUGUUCGUUGUGUGGCACAGAACAAGAUAUUCAACAGAAGUGUAUUAACUGUGGGGUUUGCAUGGGCAAAUACUUCUGUGAGAAAUGCAAAUUCUUUGAUGAUGAUGUCUCAAAGAACCAAUAUCAUUGUGACCAAUGUGGAAUUUGCAGAACUGGAGGCCAGGAGAACUUCUUCCACUGUAAUAAAUGCAGAUGCUGUUAUUCGAGGUUGUUGAAGGAUUCACACCCUUGUGUGGAAGGAGCAAUGCACCAUAAUUGCCCGGUCUGCUUUGAGUAUAUAUUUGAUUCAACAAAAGAGAUUACUGCCUUACGAUGUGGACACACAAUACAUUUGGACUGUCUGAACGAGAUGAUGCGGCACCUCCAGUUCACAUGUCCUGUUUGCUCAAAAUCAGUUUGUGACAUGUCAAGAGUGUGGGAAAAACUUGAUAAGGAGAUUGCCUCAACACCUAUGCCUGAAAUAUAUCAAAACAAGAUGGUAUGGAUCCUGUGCAAUGAUUGUGGAACAUCAUCCAACAUCUGUUUCCAUAUUGUGGCACACAAGUGCCUAAGCUGCAAGUCAUACAAUACUAGGCAGACACAAGGUGGCCCUGCUUCUUGCUCAUCAGGGAUCUCAGAAAUGAGUAGAUGAUAAAUCGUUGAUCAAAAGCAUUCUCGGGGAAGCACCUGUUGUGGAGAUCAUUUUUCUUGUGUGAAUGGUAAGCCAUAAUGAAUGCGCUAUUGAAUGGUAAAAUUUGCUUUGGAGGAAGGAAGCAAGAGAAAAGUAAUCAUACUAUACUUCUGAAGGGGUUAUUAUUUGGAAUUCAGGGAGCUGGUUUUUGAGAAAUGGCUACUCCACAUCACUAUACUGAGAUGCU